CUGACGCCGAUGCACCUACGCAAGGCUAAGCUGAUGUUCUUCUGGGUCCGGUACCCUAGCUCCGCGGUCCUCAAGAUGUACUUCCCCGACAUCAAGUUCAACAAGAACAACACAGCACAGCUCGUCAAAUGGUUCUCUAACUUCAGAGAAUUCUACUACAUCCAAAUGGAGAAGUACGCGCGGCAAGCUAUCAGCGAAGGUCUGAAGACGGCGGACGACCUCCACGUGGCUGGCGACUCAGAGUUGUAUAGAGUGCUCAAUCUGCAUUACAACAGAAAUAAUCAUAUUGAAGUCCCACCGAACUUCCGAUACGUUGUGGAGCAGACGUUGCGUGAAUUCUUCCGCGCCAUCCAGGGCGGGAAGGACGCGGAGCAGAGCUGGAAGAAGUCCAUCUACAAGGUGAUAUCUCGCCUGGACGACCCCGUGCCCGAGUACUUCAAGUCCCCCAACUUCUUGGAGCAGCUGGAGUGA